UGAUAUGACGUGCUCGUCCCUUCACGCACAUACGACGUCCAUCCAAUCACGUAUGUGAAUGUGCAUGGCAUGCCUCCAAGACCCAGUGACCUUACGUCCUUUUCGUGCUCGUGGGCCGAGUCCACCAAGAAGACCAAUACGAUACCGACGAACGAGGGGGAAAAAAGUCAGUUAGUCAGUCAGUCUUACCUUGUGUGCGUGUCCAACCACAAGUUCAUUGUCCAAUGACAGCAAUUCCGCAUGUCACCUCAAGAAAUGUGGAUCGGUUUCCGUUGACUCACACUUCACUUGAUUGGUGAAGGAGGAUUGCUUCCGGGGGAUCCUUUUUGUUGACCUUGCCAACCCUUUAACUCUCAAAUCAACCCCAAGACACCACCCUGGGCUUUCCCGUUCAUCAUCAGCGACAUUCAAACAAUCCCCAACCAAUCGAUGCCGAACGAGUGUUUUGAUUUUGGGUCCUCAGUGUUGUCAUGGCAAAAAGGCCCCGGUUGGGCCGCUUUCAUACCUGCUUAGGCCGCUCAGAGGCUCUGGACCUUUCCGCGUGCAUGAUAAUGAAUAACAAUGGACCCAAUGCGCUCAAGCAGUGAGCGACUAUUGAGGUGGCAGCAGGAUUGUCGAUAAAUGGGCACUCGUGUGCAUGAUCCCCGCAUAUGAGAUGCCAGAAUUGUUGUUGUGAUAUGAUUGUGAUAGCCUCCCAGGGAAAUUUGGAACAAGAACGUCGACCUUCAACAAAUCAAGAAGCAUGAACCAUGACCCUCUAAAAACGUGAAUAAAAAAAUAUUCAUUGCCAAACGCCACAAUUUCCCUCCUGAUAUCUCGAUAACCAUGGCUGAAACAGUGAAGGUCAUUGUGCGAUGUCGUCCAAUGAACACCAGAGAAAAGGAUCUGAAAUGCAAGACGUGCGUUUUCAUGGAUCCCUCUAUCCUGCAAUGUUCCACCAUGAACCUGAGCGAUCCAUCGGCGGCGCCCAAGAACUUCACCUUUGACGGCGUCUACGGAACUGAUUCGACCACAGAGGCCAUUUACAAUGACGUGGGCUACACACUGGUCGAGGGCGUGCUAGAGGGUUACAAUGGCACUGUGUUUGCCUAUGGUCAAACGGGGUGUGGCAAGUCAUUCUCCAUGCAAGGUGUCAAAAGCCCUCAGGAACAACGAGGCAUCAUUCCCCGAUCUUUUGAGCACAUUUUCGAAGCCAUCGAUGCCAGUGAGAAUAUGAAGUACUUGGUCCACGCCUCCUACCUCGAAAUCUACAACGAGGAUAUCCGAGACCUUCUCGGGGACGACGCCCGGAAACGCCUCGACCUCAAAGAACACCCCGAUAAAGGAGUCUACGUCAAAGAUAUUUCCCUACAUCCCGUGAACAAUGUGUCAGCGUGUGAGGUGCUUAUGGAUCAAGGCUGGAAGAACCGUGCCACAGGGGAGACCAAAAUGAACGCCGAAUCAUCCCGAUCCCAUUCAAUCUUCACCAUCAACAUCGAAAUGAUGGACACCAGUGGAAGUGGGGAGCAACAUAUUCGUAAAGGCAAGUUGAACCUCGUGGAUUUGGCCGGUUCGGAACGUCAGGCGAAAACCGAAGCCACGGGUGCUCGACUCAAGGAGGCCACCAAGAUCAACUUGUCGCUGUCGGCAUUGGGCAACGUGAUAUCAGCCCUGGUGGAUGGCAAGUCCAAACACAUUCCCUAUCGGGAUUCUAAAUUGACCAGAUUACUUCAGGAUUCGCUCGGAGGCAACACCAAAACGCUGAUGGUGGCUUGCCUGUCACCGGCGGAUAACAACUACGACGAGACCUUGUCCACUCUGCGAUAUGCCAACCGUGCCAAAAAUAUCAAGAAUAAGCCCAAGAUCAACGAGGACCCCAAAGAUGCCAUGCUUCGAGAGUACCAGGAGGAGAUCCAAAAGCUUAAGUCGCUCUUGGAAAAGAAUCCCAACGCUGACCUCAGUGCAGCAGGCUUUAGCGAGGAUUUCCUGGAGGAGGAGCGAAGUCGAAUGAGGAAGGAGUACGAGGAUGAAAUGAAGGAAAUGCGCUUAAAAAUGGAGUCAGAGAAACAGAGCAAGACCAAAAUGCAAAAUGAGGUCGAGCAAAUGAAAAGGGAAUAUGAGGAGAAGCUCCGCGAUCUGGAGGAGCGGGCAGAACGGGCACGCUCAGCCAGCCGCAGCAAUAGCGUGCUCAGCCAAAACAUCUCCAUGAACGUCAACGGUAACGACAAGAACCUUUCCGUACAAAAUGGGAUGGCUCUCAGCGAGUCCGGCAACUUCAGUCGACCCAUCAACGAAAUGCAACAAGAGGCCAUGGAAAAGCUGAAGAAGCUCCAGGAAGAGAUGAUUGAUGGAGGUAAGCGUGCCGGAGACAAGAACCUCAAGGAGAAACGGAAGCAGAAGAAGAAGGCCGCGGAGUAUCGAAUGAAGGCCCUCGCCGAUGCUCUUGGGACAGUGGAUGACGAGGACGGGGUCAUGCUCAAGGUCUAUGAUGACAUACAAGAGGAGCUCAAAGUCAAAACUGAGGCUCUCAAGAAGAGCAAACAGAAGGUCAAAGCAUUGAACGCCGAAAUCAGUGAUCUCCAAGCGGAAUUUGAAGAGGAUCGCUCCGACUAUUUGGACACGAUCCGGAAGCAAGACCAACAGCUUAUUUUGAUGCAACAAAUUCUGGACAAGAUUCAGCCGACGAUCAAGAAGGAAUGCAACUAUUGUAACCUUGAUCGCAUCAGACAAGAGGCCAUAUGGAACGACGAGACGCAGCGGUGGCGAAUCCCGGAUCUGAUCUUGGAGCGAACCAAACUGCCUCCAGCCGGUCAGAAUAAUUCCUGUUUUGGAGGCGGAGGCUCCAUUGGAUUGAACCUGAGUGGUGGCUCGACCACUGGCAAUCACAACAGUAGCCUACAAGCUAGUCUUCGGCGCGCCGGUCAAGCUUCGUUGUUCCUCCAAGAUCUCUCUACCAAAUCAGCCCCCAAGGAGAGCACGGCUACUGAUCGCAACGACGAUACCGAAGAUGACGAGGUGGACGAUUUGUCCCCCGAGGAUGCGGGGAUGAUUCAUUUGCAGCAGGUCCUUAAUUUUCCUAAGUUGGCCAAGAGCGAAGCCGAAGACAUGGCCGGAUCGUACUUCAAACCUGGUCAAAGAGCUAACCGCAUAGUAGCUCAGGCACAAGAACGCAAUGCAGCUUUGUCCAAACCUUCUUCAAGUAACGUGCUUGGGGGCUUUACUUCCUCCAAUCUCCAAAAUUCCACCAAUAUUAGCUCAUCCCACAAUUCUGGGUUGAACAAUUUAGGGUUGAAUAAUUCGUACAAUGUGGCCAAUUCCAGUCUCUCCAACGGAGGGGGUGGGUUCACUCGGCGCUCUGAUUGGACUUCAGGACCCACGUCUCUAGGCUUGAUAAAUGGAGGCGGUGGCUUGGGCGGUCCAUAUGCCAACACGGACUUGGGAGGGUUCCGUAAACCCUCGCGAUUGGAGGCCUUGCCCACGGUAGAUCGGAACAAAAAUACGAGGAAGCGAAGCAGUGGACCAAUUCUCAAUACCAUGGGAACAUUCUGAGCACAUUUCGCCAUCGCAAAAUUCCGUUACCCAAAUGAGAGGAGAUUAAUCCCUGGGUCCUAACAAAAGUACGAGAUGAGAUUCAUGCAGACCAGUACCUAAUUUGCAUUGGUCCUGACAACGGAACAAAAGCGAGUCAAUAGAUCCAAAGACGGUCAAAAGGACAAAACACAACAGUAUAACUUCAGUGAUUGUUUAUCCGUGUGAACGCACACAUUGAGAAAGUCAUAUAUACCUAUAUUACUUACGUCAUGUUAAAGAGAUGCUUCUAUUAUUGUUUUCAAGAGACAUGACACCCACAGAUAACAUUAAGACAAUUAAAUUCAUCUUCAUGUGGUGCAA